GUGAGGUUAGUUUGUUUUGACCGCUCUUCCUUCAAAUUCGUCGCAAUUUGACAUUUUGUUUACCCAUGAAUAUUUUGUGAUCUUUCCGUUAUGAAGGGUUCAGAGGAAACGAAACUUUCAACAUCUCCAACUUCGAAACGAAUCAAGCUUAAUAUGAAAUCUAACGACCGCAAAUCCGCACUGUUGGAAGAGGACUUGAGUGAUAUGGGAGUAGAUUUAUUGUACUCAAAAGAUGAUGAUCCAGAUGCGCCAUUUUCUGCUGAUGAUUCCGAGAAUGAAUGCCCACCCACUCCUGAAUUGAGUCAGGGAGCUGUGCUUAAAUCUUCAGAUUCCUCCUCUAGAGUCUUGAAGUGUCUUAAACCAAGUAAUGUCGAAGUAACGCCGGAUGAUUUUCUUCGCUUUCGUAAAAGAACCUCAGUGUCAAAAUUUACUGGCAAAGACUUAUUUGCAACGCUGUCAGAUGAAAUACUUCUCAUGAUUUUCAAGUGGCUUCCAAAAGAAACACUGUACCAUUGCAUCUUUGUUUGUAAACGUUGGCAACGGAUUGUCUAUGAUGAGAAACUUUGGUAUAAAAUUGAACUUAGCAGUAAAGUGUUAAAGCCGGACAAUGUAGCUUAUGCUUUGAUGCGCAACCCAAGGCUGUUACGUAUGUCCCAAACAUUGAUUCAAAAUCCGAUGUUUGAUCAAACAGAGUCCUAUAUGUCAAAAUUUGUAAGCAAAUUAGAGUAUCUAGAUUUAUCAAUGGCUGUCAUUUCAAAAGAAGAUUUAGCAAUUUUAAUGAGCAGAUGUAAAAACUUAAAGAAAUUAAGUUUGGAAGCUUGUCCAACCGAUACAAAGGUUUGCGAAGGAAUUGGACAGAAUACCAAGUUGGAAGUCCUUAAUAUGGCAUUGUGCACUGAAGUAGAUGCAGAUGGUGUUAAAUUUAUCACAUCUAAUUGUCCAAAAUUGCUGGAAUGGAAUUUAGGAUGGACCAACCUUUCUCCAGAGGCUGUAGAAAUUGUAUGUAGCUUUGUGUCUGAAAAAAUCGAAGCCUUAAAUCUAAGCGGAGCUAAAUCAGUUUCCAAUGAAGAUGUUGAGGAAUUAGUUUAUCGUUGCAAGCAGCUCAAAGAACUUGAUCUCAGUGACUGCACAGAACUUACUGUUGAUUGUGUUAGUCAAAUCUGUGGGCAUUUGUCAAAUUUACAGACGCUAUCGCUGAGCCGCUGCUAUAAUAUCCAGCCUUCGUGUUACUGGAAACUUUUCAUGCUUCCAAAUUUAAAACAUUUGAAUUUGUUUGGUCUCGUGCAUGAUAAGCACCUGGAUAAACUUGAGAAAAACGCUCAUCCGGUGGAAAUCAACAAGAUGAAAUUUUCCAGUAUUGCUCGGCCCACAGUUGGAGUACGUAGAACUAGCAUUUGGGGUCUUCGUGUUCGACACUAAUCUCACAUUUGUUCCAUUGUAAAUUUAGUUUUACAACUCAAUUUUUAUUCCCUUAUCAAUUUGAAUAAGUUCAAUCGACUGCCAUGCCAUUAGUGUUCUAGGCACUUGAUUUUCUAUUUUUAGUGUAAGUUGUGAUCUUUUUUGUAAAAACGAGCCUUGUCAUGUUGGAGGUGGAAGAGUUUUUUUUUCCUGUGAGGGUACACCUAUGUUAAUUUUAAGGUCGCUAGAGUGGAUCAGGAAUUCGCUAGUUACUUUUUAUUGUUUUUUUUUCACUAAUAAAUUGAUUUUAUUAUUUGUCUUUGCAA